AUGGCUACGAUUGAAUACAAAUCUCCGUUUAAACACCCGUGGUGGUCUGCUUUCGCAGGUGUAGGACCCACCAUCAAGUGCAAAGACGAAUGGUUGAUUAUUGAGAUCUCCAACAAAAUUCGUCAGAAACCCAACUGGAAGUCAAAGUACAAAGAUCCUACGAUCUCAGCUAAGUGGAAGCAAGAAGUGAAGGAUUUCUUCAUCGACAAGACUAAACUCAUUGACGAAGUAAUUGAGUACGUCUUUCUUGAAUUGGAGUGGUACGAGAAGACAGAGCGCGAUUUCCCCGGAUUUAAGGAUAGGGCCUAUUCGAUUGGAAUUGAUGAUAAGAUUGUCUUGACGGAUGGGGCCAUUGAUCCCCAAAUCAAGAGCAACUUCAAAGAAGACGUAAAGGAAUUGGUAGAAUCAUUCGGCAGCAAUUUGGAUUACCAUCCAAAGUCAGAUAAUAAGGUCAUAGAUUUGGUUCAUCCUUCCUUAUUCCCCUUGCAGUAUGGCGUUACUCCAGUUUACACUUCCGACAAGCAGAAUCAAGUCGAAAUAGUAGAAUACAAGGAGGAAAUUCAAAAGUUCAAGAAAGCGAUUGAGUACUAUGGCUACUCUGAGAAGUUCCAAUGGCUUCCUUCACUAUUAUCAUUUAACAAAGAACUGAACAACUUUGAAUUUGUGUCUUACAUUAAUAACUUGCACCCGGCAAAGCAUGCCAAGUUAUAUAGCUCGAUUCAGGCAAUUUUCAACUCAGUUUUACCUGGCUUGAACUAUACCUUGUCUAGGUCUGCUUCCAAGGAACAUAUUAGAAUUAGUAUUCCUUCUUUCAUCGAUGCCUAUGUGGAUGAGUACAAAGAGAAGGAAGCUUCCCUUUGGAAUGCGGAUAAUAUGGAUGAAGCUGAGCAAGAAGAAAAGUGGGAGGACCUUCGGAAAAAUAGGGUAAAUUACUUAAAGACAUUCACACCUAUCUAUGAGAAUGACCCUGUUAUAGACAAAGAAAUCGAUGUUGCUAGAGAUUUCGAGAAUUUAAAGGUUAUUGUCAAGUUGGCCAACAUUGAAUUGACUCCAGAGAAGCCAACUUAUGAAGGAGGAUCGUGGCAUGUAGAAGGAACAAUUAAUGAAGACAUUGUUGCUACCAUUUUGUAUUAUUACGAUACAGAAAACAUCAGUGAAUCCAGGUUGAAGUUUAGAACUGGCUUUGAAGACCCAGAGUACGAGCAAAACGAUGAUGACUAUGCAAGAGAGAUAUUUGGUGUCGAAGACGGGGAUGACAUGGUUAGGGAUCUUGGAUAUGUGAUUUCUCAAGAAGAUAGGGUGCUUAUUUUUCCCAAUACAUUCCAACACCGGGUUGAUUCGUUUGAAUUGGUCGACAAGACGAAGAAAGGUCACCGUAAGAUUCUUUGCUUAUUUGUAGUUGAUCCUUAUAAUGAUUUGGUAGUUACUACCAAACAGGUUCCUCCGCAGCAGGAGGAUUGGUGGAAUGAUUCUGAGCUCCUUAGCAAGGACUACCCUGAAGCAGCUAAGGAAGGGAAGAUUGGACCUCUUGUUUCCAUGCUAAUUCCAGAUAGUAUCAAAAAACAAAUCCUAGAUUUGAAAAAAGGAAGCGACUGGCCCCAGACACUAGCUGAUGCAAUUAAAGUGAGAGAAGCCUUAAUGGAAGAGAGAUCGGCUGCUACUAAAUCGAGUCUAGAAGAUGAUAUGGGAGCAUGGGGCAGACCGUUUUCCCUCUGUGAACAUUAA